AUGGCGGAAUGUGUUGUUGUGAAGUUUGGCGGGGAUAGAGGUGUUAGUUACGGUGACGAUGGUAACAGUAAUUUGCAAGAUGAAAUGCACAACAGUACAUCAUACCAGACAUUCGGGAUUUACCACGCUGUGUGUAUUGCGUUGUCAAUCGUGACUUACGUCGUUGACGUUGUACUUCAUUGCUGGUUGGCAUACUUUUAUUUAACUCAAGGACAUGGGGCGUAUUUUGCGUAUUUCGGUUUAACAGUAACAUUUUUAGUGGUGCCAGCGCUUAUAUCAACCGCGUUCAGCAUGCGAUGGUACAUAAAUGAUGUGGAUGAACCAUCAUUGCCUAAACCACCACUGUGGAAAUGGGUGGUGAGGAUAAUAAUGCUGCUUCUACAGUUAGCUCCACUACUUAGGUAUUUUGACACAUUGUCAUAUGGAUGCCGGAGUGUGAUUGCUGGGAAGUUGGGAAAUGGGAUCAGACAGCAAAAAUUGUACAGAAUAAUGCUAGAUGAAGACUCUGAUGCUUCCUUGUUAAGACUGUUCCACUGUUUCCUUCAUUCUUUUCCACAAGCAGUACUUCAGCUUAUGAUUCUGCUUUCGGCUGUAAACAUCCAAGAAACGAGCCCAGUUCAAGGUCUCCAGUCUUGGGCUGUUGCGUGCUCUUUAAUAUCUAUUGCCUGGUCACUCACCUCUUACCAUCGAUCUGUAAGGUUUGCCAGAGAUGAUAAAGAAAAAUUGGCAUGGCAAGGAGCUGUGAUGCAGUUUUGCUGGCAUCUGUUGAGUGCAGUGUCACGUGUUCUGGCUUUGAGUCUACUGGCUGCGCUCUAUCCUGCCUGGAUGGGGAUGGUCUGCCUGGCUCACUGGAUGGUGAUGUCAGCGUGGCUGGCUCUGAGCCACCAACCUACUGCAGUCUGUACCAGCCGCUGCGAGGAGUUGCUCUUUAGUGCUGCUCUGGGAUUUGCAUAUAUUUUGACUUUUGUGGCCCCACGUGAUGGACCGACUAGAUAUUCGUACCUUGCAUAUUACUUGGUGUUCUUUAUGGAAAACACUGGUGCUCUUGUUGUGUGGUGUGUUUCAAGCAACUCCGCACAAAAUCCUAUCCUGUACUAUGGAGCCGUUGUUGUCCAGACAACAGCUUUUCUUCUUGCCAUUUUUUUUAUGCUUACGUAUUAUCGACACUUCCAUCCAAGUGGAACUACUAUCAGGCUCAGCAAAAGCAUUGCUAUUACGGAUCCGGGAACAGAGCUGAAACGUCGGACUACGAACCAAUAAAAAGUUAACAGUUGGUGUUUACUUGUUAUGUGAUCUGAAGCUAUGUCACGAAAAUACAGUAUUUAUGUAUAUAAGAUUAACAGAUAUAUAUGUAUACAUAUAUGUAUAUUUUAAAUAUUUGAAUUCUCAAAGCGGAUUGAUAAUUUUGAUAUGGUGAGUUGAAGCACAAUUCAUGUCUGACUGCAACAAAAUUAAGGUUUACAGUUCCUUGUAAAUUAUGAAGAUAAUUGCUUUUGCAUAACCACAUGGAAGCAUUCAUUUUUUAAUACAAAGUAUUGCCUUUUAUGUUCUGCAGUUCUUUGAAGAUAUGAAACAGUGUUAUAUACUUUCAUUUUUCUAACUGAAAUGUAAUCUUUUUCUCAGCUUUUCAAUACUUAUUUUUAGAGGAUCUUUUUCUUUAUUUUUGUAAGCUUUUUUAUAGGUGAGGAUAUAGUUAAAAUUUUAUAUUAACUUCUGCUCCUUGGAAAGAUUACAAGACUAAAUCAUGGGUGUUUCUAAAAUUAAAUUUGUAUAAACUGUCUUUGAAAAUGCUCUAUGUAGGGGUUUCGUAUCUCAGACACCAAACAUGUGGUAAAGAAAACUUCCAUACUGUAGAGUCUGCCAUGUCAUGCAGGUAUACUGUGGUUAAAGAACAAUAAUUUUCUGGUUACCUCGUUAAAGUACCACUCUUCAACUUGCCAGCUACAUUAGGAAAUGAGAUUGUUGUUCUGUAUAAUCUUACAUUAACACUGUGGUUUCCGUGCCUGAACUUGAUACUGUAUAGUGGUUAUCAGGUGAACAUCAGUAUUACUUCAAAUUUGUAUGUAACUGUGUUACAUAAGCCGUAGAUCUGUUAUUUUUCUGACCCACAUGUUUGUGUGUAAGAAAUAUCUUGUACUGUACAGGUCGUCUCCAUAUAUUUUGUGGCAUGUUACUUGCAUUUAUAUUGCUUUACUGUAGGUGUUUGUAACAAGUGUUUUGUGCUGUCUUUUGAUAAUAUUUGGUGUAUAUGGACGUACAGUCUUUCUGAAUGCAGACCUCUGCAGCUCUUUGUAUCUAAAAUUGUGAUAAGAUUUCUUAAAAAUUGGUUUUUAUAUGCACUUGUGUCUAGAAUUGCUUUUGAAUGAUUCUCAACCAAAACAUUAUAUGGAACAGAAACAAUAUAUUUUUUAAUGGCAUGAGUUGUCUUGAAAGAGUGCACAGUGUACUAAUGUCAUAGCUCAGGUUCAUCUGAAUCAAUUUUAUCCACUAUAAGCGAAUGUAGAAAAAGAAAGGAUUAAGGUGGGGUAUUUGUAGUGUGGUGACACGUUAAUUUUUCUUGGGCUUCAAGUCUUCUAAAAUUAUGUCAUCCUUUUGUGUACUGGUAGCCCCCUACCUACUUAGACAUUGGAGGUCCAACCUCCUUUAACUUGCUUCAUUUCUGUGCUGAAGGAUCCUGUAGUUCUGUAAGCUAGGAGUGCUGUGUGUAUUUGUAGAUAUUUUUAUGAGAGUUAGUGGAAGUUGUGCUUCUUGAAGGCCAGUACUGGCCAGCCCAUCUAUCUUCAUGAAUUUAACAAAUUUCGUUACACAGAAUGUGGCAGAAGAUACACAAUGCCAUAAUUUGUCUCUUUUUCUUCUUUUUGCAGAUAUACUUCAGAAAAAUCAAUAUAGCUGUAUGCCACUGUAAAGGUGGUAUUGCUGUAAUUUUAAGAUAGUGACUGUGACUUAAAGCUACUAAACUACGGUUCACCUAUUCACUUUACUUUGACCAGUGACUUGUUGUAUCACUUCAUUAGCUCCUAAUCAAUGUGCGUUGUUCAUUUCGUAACCCUAUUAACACGGUGGUUGCCUUAUAUUUUCUUUCUCCCCAUUUAUAACCAUUACAUUACAAAUAGUCUGAAUCACAUGUGCGUUCAGUGACCUGUUGUUGUGAUAAGGAAUAUGUUAACUGCAAAUUUUCCUACAGUUUUGAUUGUAAGAUGGCAAAGUAACGUGGAUUGUAAUACCUGGUUGGUUUAAAAAGUUUGCGUUUAACAAAUAAUGUGUGCUUAUGUGAGAAGAAUCAGCUGCAUUGAAAAAUUAUUUAAAAAAGAGAGUUUUUUCCACCAAUGUCAAAUGCACAGUUAUGUUAUUAGUCUGGAGCUAUGAUUCUGGGCAGGGGGUGGGGGAGGGGGGGGACUACAAACAGUAUUUACAUACAAAAGUAAAAUAAGGUGAAUAGUACACAUUGACCAAUGUAAUGGAAGAUUUUGUCUUAACCAUUUAACCUUGACAGAGUCUGAAACAACUGAGCACAGGCCCCCUUUCUCCUAAAAUAUGUGUAGGGUAUCUUGUAAACAAACUGGUAUUCUAUUCUACUGAGAAGACCAAGCAAGUGCCAUCUUAUGACAAUAAAAAAAUGUGUGUUUUAUGAGAUAUAGGUUGAUGAACAUUAGUAAAUUUGCAGUGGUUUAACCUACAGUAUGAGACAGAUGGUGAAGUUGUAGAGUUACACUAAUUUAAGCAGCCAGUACAACCUAAUGUUACAAGAAGUAGUUGGAUACCUAGUUACUCUGUAUCCACAAGAUAGUUUGUUGUUUUUGUAAGUGAUUUCUUGUGGGGAUCUAAAUGGACACCGUAAUAAUUCAUACUAAUCCAUCUGUACACUAAGUUAAACAAAUUGAAACUGGGAAACUUGCUUUGCUGUGCAGUACGCAAUAUUCCUAGUCAAUGUAUCUUUUACUGUACAAUCAGUGACCAAGUUUCAAUUGCAAACUAUACAUUCUACCACUCUUCAUUGGAACAUGAAAUGUGCCAAUGAAUAUAUCUUUUAGGAAUGUUUGCAGAAGGUGAUGUACGUCUAUUCAGUGGCAGUUGUUGGAUGUAUGAUCUGAUGCAGUACCUAAUAAUGUCACACCAUGUGUAACACGGAAUCUUUUUUUCGUGUACAUUGCAGAUAGUUUCAUCAGAUUCUGUCAUGUACAUGCUAAUGUAUCAAUAGAUGAUCCCAUCCUACCGAAUUUCUCACCCAUUGCUAUAUAUACUCGUCAAGUGCUAUCAGUUUUAUGGCAGUUUGACACACUUCUGGGUAUUAUGUUUAACAACUAAUAACAGGAAAGUCGAAUAAAUGGUCUGUCUGCUCCUGGCACAUGGUUACCACUGUAAAACAUUUGUAUGCUUAAUGAAUAUUCAUUGUGUGACUCUAAUUAUUGAACUGUUGUGUAUUUGUUGCUCAGGAUUUGUGCAUCCUUUCUAAUUAUCACACUGCAGUUGUGUGUUUUUGGUAUAGAGAAAUUUGUGAUUUGAAGCCCUAGAAAACUCAAAUGUGAUGUUUGAUGUGAUCCAUAUAAAAGUUUGAGGCCACAUUUGGGAUAAAAGAUCUUAAUAAUUAUACAUAUUAUAUACAUGUAAGUUUAUAAAUGUGCAACUUAGAAGUACAAAGUAUUUUUGGUAAGUUGUUUAUAAAAUUAUAGGAUAUAGAUGCAGUGGUAAUGUUUCUGAACCUGAAGUGCUUUUUUGUAAUUGUCCUGUCCACGUCUAAUUUAAAUCUAGAGCAAAAAUACGCAGAAGAUUUUUGUAUGUCCUGUGACGCUAGGUUGAAAGUGUGUGAAAGCUAGGAAAAAAUGUCUGUUCCUCAUUGAAUCUCAGAGCAUUUGGUCUUGCACUUCUCUCAGGUGCUGUAGCAUUUAGAUUCAGAUAAAACUGAGGGAGAACUCUGUGAUGCAAGCAGCAUUGUGGAACUUUUAAGAAGUGAUAACACAUUUUACUGAUUGUAAGAAAUUUGCAUGUAAAUAUUGUAAUCAUAUAGGUUAUGUGUACCUGAUUGGAAGAUAUGACAUUAUAUUGUAAAUUUGCCAUUAACUGCUAAAAUUUGUAUGGUUCUACUAUUCUAAAAUUAGGCUUUAAUCAAAGAAAACAUGUUUACAGUGUUUGUCUGGAAAGUAAUGCUGUUCUUUUCUUUGUUUUAUUAUUUAUUGAUCAGAUAGGUUCAACAACUUAAAAUUCUUUGAAGUGUGACCCUUCAGCAUCAAUACAUUGUUGUGUAUUUGUUGCUCAGAAUUUGUGUAACCUUUCUAAUGAUCACACUGCAGUUGUGUGUCCCAUUUCAGCUGAGGAAACAAAAGAAAGCCCACUGAGGUCAGGUCUGGACUGUAGGGUGACUGCAGCAUCAUUUUCACACCAGUCUAGGUCAGGUAGGCCUAACAAAAGGCGGUGUGAGAAAGGGUAUUGCUGUGUGGCAGUUUCCACACGAAGUGCAGAACUUCUUUCAGCUGCAGGUGACCCUCUGAUUCAGUCUCUGGAACCUCCCUUGUAAAACUGAGUGCUGACAGUAAAAAAGCAUGAACUUCAUCCAGGA